AUGGGAAACAAACAAGCUUGUAUCGACGAAUGUGUUAGGAUUCACACUGACGCAGCAAAAGCUUGCUGUGCAGUAGCACCUUAUAAUCCUAUUGCGUUUGCGGGUUGUAUGCUUCUUGCUGGUGGUUCUCUUACUGCAUGUUUAGGACUUUGUGGUGCUAUACUUGUUAAAGUUGAAAAUGACAUGCGGGAUAGCCGUUAUGCUUGUGAACUCUAUUUGUCUGAUAUAAAAUAUAAUUAUCCUCCGAUUUAUGGAACUAAUCCCAUUGAUACUCUUGUUUUGUCAUUGGAGCUUGCGAAAAUUCAUUUACAAGGACUUAUUGUCGCUGGUUAUACCAUUAGCGAAUUAGAAAGCCGUAAAUUUUGGAAAUUAGAAAAAGGAAAAUCUUUAUCAGAGCGAAUAAACGAAUUAAAAAAUAAUAAGGAUAUUUCCCAAGAUUAUAAAGAUAAGAUAUUAAUGAUUAUGAAAGAGAACUUUGGCAAAAUACCGGUAAAAAAUGUUGAAGUGGUAGAAAAUAGUGCUUUUAAUACAUUAGCAACAAAAAAUUUCAGCGGAUUAUCUAUCCAAGAAAAUGAUAGGAUUUUCAAGGGAGAAGGUUUCGUUUCUAUAUCUAUGUCAGAAAAAAUAAAAAUUUCCGCAAAACCAAUCGUUACUCCGAAUGGUUGUGAGGAAAUAUAUGCGGCUGCAAUGAGUGCUUGUUAUACUAUAGCUUGA